UGGCUCCGCCUAUGACGCUCCUGCAGAGCCGGAAUGGCGGCAGUUUCCUAAUUCACACUGGAGCGCAGACACACAGGACGCGUUGGCGAGUGUGCGGAACUGCUGCGGGAGGAAGGGUUUACAUUUGUGUCUGUCCGACUCUCUUUAAACAAUAACUAAUCCCCAGUCCGCCUCUCAGAUAAAUACCUGUACCUCUCGUUUCUAAACUGGCAUAUUGUUUACAUCCAGGGGAUAACCUGCAGUGGGGAAAAUAACCGCCAUUUUACCGAAUAAAAAACACGUUUUCAGUGACAGCAGCUGCACAACAUGGCUCUGAAAAGAAUUCACAAGGAGUUGAAUGACUUGGCACGUGAUCCACCGGCGCAGUGUUCAGCUGGACCUGUUGGGGAUGACAUGUUCCACUGGCAAGCCACAAUAAUGGGACCAAAUGACAGUCCUUACCAGGGUGGAGUGUUUUUCUUGACAAUUCACUUUCCCACAGAUUAUCCCUUCAAACCACCAAAGGUUGCAUUUACAACAAGAAUCUAUCACCCCAAUAUCAACAGCAAUGGCAGCAUCUGUCUGGAUAUUCUGCGCUCGCAGUGGUCUCCGGCACUCACUAUUUCAAAAGGUAUGGUAGCCUGUAACUCUGCGACGGUGGCACCAAGACAAACACAGUAACAGACGAUCAGCGGUACUCUCUGCCUGCAGUGGCCGGUCCGGAUGACAUCACUGACUCCUGCCCUGGCGAGGCCGUGCUGGAAUACACAGUUGUGUAUGUACCGAUGCUGACGCUGUGAGAGGGUUUCACCUUCUCCCCAAAGUCAAAUACAGAGUCCUGAUGGGCCGAUUCCUGUGGCAUCUACUGAUGCAGAGGAUAAGAAAACCUCUAAAGGGUUCCCCUUCUAUGAGGUGGUCUGGAAACCCAACGGGCUGUAUGGAGGAAUCGCCUGCAUACAUGUACGCUGAUGCUGGGAUGAGAAGGUUUCACCUCUCGCAACAUAAAGACCCAGACUUAAACAGGUACCAGACCCAAAUAGGUGAGUGUGGUUCCUGUACCAGUAAAUAAAUACACAUUGUAGAAGGCAGUCUGGAGACCUAAUGGGCAUGAAUUUGCCCUGUACUCCUGUAAGUCUCCUUGUAGAAGACAUCUGCCAGACGAAGAAAUAAUAAAGCAAUGCUGUUUUAAGAAGGAUUUCAUCCACUUCAGUAACCAGAUCUAAACAUGGAUGUUUUCCUUAACAUCUUAGGGGUAAAUUCUACUUGUUAACAGCCAAAACUUCUUUUUGGCUCCACCACCUGAGGGUGGAUUGACACCUAUCUGGAGAAGGGUUGCACCAUCUCCACAGGCAACAGAUAUGUUAGUAACUAUAAGCUAGGUCACCUAAUGUCAACACAGGCUGGAGGGAAGGCUGUCUGCGGUCGGGCAGACAUCUACACCAGCUCGUGUAUACUAGCCAUACACUGGAGUGUUAGUAUUUUACCUAGAGGGUACAUGGUACACAUUUGACACUAACAUCACAGCUUUGACGAAUGUCAUUACGGCAGGAGGUGUUAUCUAGGUGGAUCUAUCCUGCUCAGCAGCUGUGAGAGGCGCAUUCCCCAGUGGGGGAUUCUUAACAAGCAGUUGCCUUUUCAGGCAUCAGCGGUUCUCGUACCCUUUGGAAAGGGAAGCCUCUUCUAGCCCAGCCAGGGAUGCUGAUCUUUCUAUUGCCAUAAUAGGGAAAUAGGCAAGUUUACGUCCUGAUAUUCCUACCUCUAUCCCACUUUCUGGCAAGCAGGCAAAAUAUACAUUCGCUUCCUACGGGCCUGAAACUUAAAUUAACCUGCUACCCUACAGGAUACCCAACAGUGAGAACAGUAAAACCAGCAACGGACAUAUCUGCACACUGAGAACUGGUUAUGCUACAGAGGGUUUACAAAAGAUUCAAUCCAUGCUCUCAUCCUUUCAGAAGGGGUCCAUUCCAGGUAUCUGUAGUAGUAAAGGAAAUUCGGAUCUGAACACUACAUUUGUUUGGGGAAAAUUCAGGAUGGCAUCUCCACCACCACCGUCAUCAAGGCAGUCCUCCCAGGAGACUGACAGUUUCCAUUAGAUCUGUAGGAGAGCCGCUUCCAUCUCCACAUACAUAAGGACUGCAGCAGUACCUCUCUUCUCCAUCGGAACCAGCCAAUGCCAGCCUGUUUUUUGCCUUGGAUCUCUAUAGUAUUCACGUAGUAUUCACGUAGUGUAGACAAAGUAACAUUCACAAAGCAUAGACAUACAUCAUUAGACGACUUUUGAGGGCAAGUUCUCUCUCUCUUGCUCUCUCUCUCUCUCUCUCUCAAAAAAAAAAAAAUAAAAGGGCGGGUAAACCCUGGAGCACAGUAAGAAGACUCGUCCCUUUUUUUUUUUUAGGAGAGAGGCUCAUUGAUCUACAGUGAAAUAUCACCUCUCUCCACAGCAUACACGCAGCAUUCUGGGAACCCCUCUAUACACUUGCAGGAAGAGUGUAUCUUCGAGUGUAUUUCACAUAGGAGAGGAUGGUCACAAACCAUCAGCUGUCAAGCCUCUUCUAGAUGGGGCCCAGGCCAACAGCAGUUAUUUCAGCAGUUUCUGGGCACUAGCAGCAAUAAUCUCCUUGGUAAGAGAAGCAAAACUACAGGUGACACACAUAGGGGUGUCUCCUUUUUUUUCUUUUUUAAUAGAUCUUCCCAGUAUCCCUCAACAUCAAGCCUUCCUUGGGAGCUACAACAGGAGCCACAAGGUGGCAACUUUUCAGGGAGCAGAUUUAUCGGAGGAGCAGUUACCACAACUAACACCUUCACGGAAAUCAUCCCGACUUUCAGCAAUCUGCCAUGCACUGAAAACCCUUUGCCCAGUUAAGACAUCGUCAAAGGACAUCAUAAUCCAGACAACCUACUUGCUGGACUACUUUUUUACAGAAGAUGUUGAUGAGUUGACAGAUCCAUCUGAUGGUGAACUUCACAUUAUGCACCCGUCAAACAAUUUGGUGUAAAAUGAAAACCAGUCACGGAAUUUAGAAUAUUCUUUCAGAUUUCAGAAGUUUUAGGUAGGAGAUCACUAAAUUACACUUUUCUAAGAUUGAAUUUGAGUACAUUCAAUUAUUUUUUUACAUUCAACCUAGGUAAUUGUAGGGUAUAAGUACAAGGUUGUCCUGGAAGAAAACUUGCUUCCUUCUGCUCUGACAAUGUUCCCCAACUCUGAGGAUUGGUUUUUCCAGCAGGACAAUGCUCCAUGCCACACAGCCAGGUCAAUCAAGGUGUGGAUGGAGGACCACCAGAUCAAGACCCUGUCAUGGCCAGCCCAAUCUCCAGACCUGAACCCCAUUGAAAACCUCUGGAAUGUGAUCAAGAGGAAGAUGGAUGGUCACAAACCAUCAAACAAAACCGAGCUGCUUGAAUUUUUGCGCCAGGAGUGGCAUAAAGUCACCCAACAUCAAUGUGAAAGACUGGUGGAGAGCAUGCCGAGACGCAUGAAAGCUGUGCUUGAAAAUCAGGGUUAUUCCACCACAUAUUGAUUUCUGAACUCUUCCUAAGUUAAAACAUUAGUAUUGUGUUGUUUAAAAAUGAAUAUGAACUUAUUUUCUUUGCAUUAUUCGAGGUCUGACAACACUGGUCUGACAAAUCUUUUUUGUUAUUUUGACCAGUUGUCAUUUUCUGCAAAUAAAUGCUCUAAAUGACAAUAUUUUUAUUUGGAAUUUGGGAGAAAUGUUGUCAGUAGUUUAUAGAAUAAAACAAAAAUGUUCAUUUUACCCAAACACAUACCUAUAAAUAGUAAAACCAGAGAAACUGAUAAUUUUGUAGUGGUCUCUUAAUUUUUUCCAGAUCUGUAUAUAGAGUACUGUGCUAAAGUUUUAGGCAGGUGUGAAAAAAUGCUGUAAA